AUGUAAAAUCUAAACGCAAAAUAUCGUUCCCGGUUUUAUUAGACAUAUAGCAUAAAAGCAAGAGAAAAUAUAAGGUUUUAUAAUAAGUGCAACAAAGAUAGCAACGCAACAGUUAUUCUGGAGCAGUGGAGCGUUUCUGGUUUCAUGAUAGUGAUGUAUUAAACAAAUGUCAAAAAAAAUUGCUUGAUAUCUUUCAUCAACAAAAUAUUAAUGUUUUCCUUUGAAACCAAGCAAAAGAUUAACAAUACAAACGGCUGAUAUAAGAAAGGGAAGAAAUAAAUAUAUGUCAAUGCUUUACAUAUUUGCUAAAUAGCAUUAAAUCGAUGUUUUUAUAACAAUGGCAGUAUCGGAGGUGGAAGCAACUAGUGAACUGAAAUUUAAAUAUAAAAUCGACUUGACCAGUUUAAUGGACUCCUGUAGAGUUUGUAUGGCUCAAAACCUGAACAUGACUAGUAUAUUUGAAACAGAAAAAGAUAGUACUGUUGAUGAAAUCUACUUUUGUACUGGUAUUACUAUAAAACGAGAAGCAGGUCUACCCACAAAAAUAUGCAACGGUUGUCUUACCAACCUGUCCGUCGCAUUUAAGUUCAAAACGUCCUGCCUCAUAGCCGACGAAACAUUCCGCAAGAUAGCCACCGCACUGAAGAUCAAGACCGAGGAGCCGGAUGAACCAGAUGUCAGCGACGUGGAGUAUGAGGAGAUAGUGGACUGUAAGGAUGAGGGAGACGAGGACUUCAAAGAGGAAGUUAAGCAGGAACCGGUGGAGGUGGAGUUCUGUGGAGUUCGGAAGAGUACUCUGAUUAAGGUGAAGAAGAGUCUACCACCAAUAAAAGGGCGUCCGCGGAAGACCGCAGCCUCCCUGAAAGAGCCCCGGCGCCUCAAGCAGUUCAAAUUCAAGCGUCUAUGGUGUGAACCUUGUAACAUGAAGUUUGAAACCAAAGAGGAAAGUGAUGAACAUAAGAGAGAAACUCAUAAGGAUAGCCAGAAUUGGGUUUGUGAGAUAUGCGGUAAAAUAUUCACGCACCGCGCGUCUCACUACACACAUAUAAAGUCUCACCAGCCGCCGCGAUUCGCGUGCGACCACUGCGAUUACAAGACUUGGCAUAAAUACGAUCUCGCCAAGCAUAUCAGAAUACAUACAGGUCUCAAAAUGUACCAAUGCGAGUACUGCACGGCCUCCUACUAUACCUCGUCGAACCUGACGAGUCACAUCCGUCGCUUACACAUGCACGAGAAGAGACACGACUGCAACAUAUGCCGCCGCACCUUCUUCGAUAAGACCAAGCUUAACCGCCAUCUCGACUCACAUUUAGAGAUUAAAAGAUUCGCAUGCGACAUAUGCCACGCUCACUUCUCCCGCCGCUGUUACUGGAAGAAGCACCUUCUCCGUCAACACGACAUCGUCACCCCUCGCCAACGACCAGGGCGACAGAAAACCAAUGUAGUUAUAGACGCUCUUACCACAACUAAUGAGAUCGGACAGUUUUACGCGAAAGGGCAGACUAAAAAGUUAUAGCAAACGGUUUUUGGUUGAAUAUAUAAAUAAAAUGUUUUUUUUAACA